AUGAACGAUACUAGUGUAGUGACCGAGAACCAGGGUCUGUUACUGUCUCCGUAUAGUGCCACACUUGACUACCCCUUGAAGCACCAGGAAGCGGAAGUGGCCACUAAUGCACCCGCCUUAGUGAGCUAUUUCCAGCAGUUCUUCUACCCCGCCGCCGGCAGUCCACCGGCAGCUAGGUCAGUCGCCAGACGGGAGUUCCAGAGUCCACUGGAUCUGUCCUUGCGCCCAACGAAUGUAGUGCCCAUGACUCCUCCAUCGACUCCGUCGCCACCGAGAAAGCGGCUCAAAUCGUUCGACGAGCCUGGGAACUCGCUGCCAACGGUCCUAGACCGCGACUGGCGACCACAGCCCGCGAAGAACCAAUUCUCGGACACCGUGUGCAUCGACGACAAGCGGUACUACGCCAACACGACGCUGGGUUCGGGUUCAGGAUCAAGAAACUUUCCGUUCUUCGCAAAUCACAACGCCCGCUGUCCGGAGAUCGCUCAGGGCGGAACCUGUGGCACUAUAGUGGAGGACACGGAAAAGGUGGAAGAAUUUAUCGACAUUACGGGCGGGGAGGAAGAUCAGAGCCACGAGCGGUACCGUACGGGUCAGCUGCCCGAAGAGUGUGACGACGAUGGGGAUGACGAUGGGAUCCCGCCGGGGACGCGGGACGACAAAUCGGACUGCUCCAACAUCGACGUGGAGUCGCUCGAUAACGAGGAUGACCACGAGGACAGUAACGCGUCGAUUAACAUCGUCGACAGUGAAGAGAAGGAAACGCUGGUGGACGCCGUGCUGAUCGACGGUAAGCGAUACUUUGAGGACGAGCGGCUUCACCUGCAGGCGAUCGAAGGAUUCGCUCGGUUGUUCGAGCGUAGCUUCGGUGAGUUUAGUGAAAAGUCCAGAUCGUCGUCUACCGACCGGAAGCGAUCGGCGGCCGGAGCCGGUGGCCGGGGCGGCUCAAAGCCCGAACGGCGGCGGAACAAAACACGCAAGCACCCGAUCGACGAGGACAACUCCAGCCCCGUGUCCGGCACGAUCAUCCGGCAGCUGCAGGACGGCGAAGAGCUGGUGGUGCGGAAGGGCGAUAUCGAUCCGGCAUUCAACGUGGUGGAAAUCACCGACGAAGCGAAGGAGAUCCUGUCGAAGAUCGAAAACAAGAUCGGCUCCUACCUGUGUCAGCUGUGUCGGGCGCUGUAUGACGAUGCUUUUGGGCUGGCGCAGCAUCGCUGUUCGCGAAUCGUGCACAUCGAGUACCGGUGCUCCGAGUGUGACAAGGUGUUCAACUGUCCCGCUAAUCUGGCGUCACACAAGCGUUGGCACAAGCCUCGGGGUGCACACGGGGCCGAGGGAAGAAAGUCUGGGGCAGCUACAAGCCCAGCGAAAGGGUCGCACCGAGAGGAUCACUCCAAGGACGAGGAACCGAUCGAGAUCUUGGACAGUUCCAACGACGUCCAAGUGGCCGCCCAGAUUCCGCCCAAGGAAGAGUCCUACCCGUGCGGGCAGUGUGGUAAAACUUUCCAAAGGCAAAGCUACCUGAAAAAGCAUGCCGUCACGCACCAGAUGGAGCCGGCGCUGUUGCGGACGGGUCCUGCGAGGACCACCGCCGACCAGAGAUCACCGAGCCUCGGUACCACCAUGCCUUCCAGCUCGAUCGCAUCCAGCGGAGCGGCCCAGCAUCACAUGCUCUCACAGGCGCAGACGGCAAAUGGGUGCGGUUUUGCGGCGGCAUUUGAUAGACUGACACGCCCCCUGGCGGCUGCGAGCGGAAGUGCGUCGGUGCUGUUCCCCUUUGCCGCCUGCUACGGUGGUAUGGCCACGCUGGUUAAUGCUGGCUCGACGGCUGCGGCUGCUGCAUCCGCUGCCAAUGGCCACCAUUACAACGAGCUCGAGAAGAGGCGCUGGCAGUCCCUCGGGGAGCUCUACUUGCAACAGCGCGAGCGUCUGUCCGCGUUCCAGUACGUGCGCCACCAGCAGUACGGCGACUACUUCAAAUGGUAA